UUAAAUAAUCAACGAUAAAUAAUAUUAAUUAAAAAAUGAAUAAUUUAACACGACUGAUGGCCAAUUGUGCCAUUCAAACACAACGCCAUAAUCUGCUGGUUCCCGCCACUGCCACAGCUGCCGCCAUCCAGCUAAGAACCAAAACAAAAGUUGUCGAGAAACCCAAACCCGGCAAUGGUCAGCAAUUUAGACGAAUUGUCCACUUUAAAGAUGAAUAUACCGUUGAACCAUUGACUAUAACUCAUUUGGCUGGUCGUGAUCCGGUUACGGGUCGUGUUGUGGCCAAGGGUAUUGGUGGUGGCCUUAAACAGAAAUAUCAUUGGAUUAAAUGGGUACGUGAUGGUCCCCUGGAAGGACCUCCGCAAGAGGAGAAGGUAAUUGAGAUUUUGGAUGAUGGUUGUCGUACGGCGAAGAUAGCUUUGGUCGGUGUGGGCGAUGAACUGAAAUAUAUUUUGGCCACCGAAAACAUGAAGGAGGGUGAUAUUAUUAAGACAUCACGUUUUAUUCCACGUAUUCCAGUCCGCCCCAAUGAAGGUGAUGCCUAUCCAUUGGGUGCCCUGCCCGUCGGCACCAGAAUUCACAAUUUAGAAAAGAAUCCCGGCUAUCCCUGCCAUCUGAUACAUGCUGCCGGUACAUAUGGUACCAUUUUGCGCAAAUUCGAUGACAAGGUUGUGGUACAGCUACCUUCGAAACGUGAAUAUGCCUUCGAUAAGACGUGUAUGGCCACAGUGGGCCGUGUAAGCAACAUUGAACACAACAAAGAACACAUUGGUUCAGCGCAAAGAAUGCGUCUCUUGGGUAAUCGUCCCCGUUCCGGUUUGUGGCAACGUAAGGAUGGUCGUUUUGGUCGUAAGAUUAAGAAGUUGCCACCUAUGACUCUGAUACCACCACCCCCAGCCAAGGCACCCGAAGUGAUUAAGCUAACAAUACCAUUGUAA